GUAUUAAAUAUGUAUAUUUGAAUUGAAUUUACUGCAUACUUGCUGAAUUUUACUUUUCUUGCUAAAUUAACAAUCUACAGGCAUGCAUGUUUUUAGAAAGAAAAAAAAGCGUUUGCUGCUGUCAUUUCUUGAAAUGUCCAUGAUUCUGGUUUUAACUGGUUAUUUAGUGGAGCAGCUAGGGGCCAGUCAUUAAGCAUGAUGAUUGACAGGGAGACUCCGUGUAGGUUUCCCUGCACCAACCAUUAGAAGCAGCCCCCUGGGAGUUCCAGCAAUUACGCUGUUGCAAAUUGAUUCUAAAUAUACUCUUAUUUUAAUAUUCAUCUGAGCUUGGAGACAUUUUCACCAAUAAUUGUGGGAGCAUGUCACAGUUUUGUAAAUUAAAAUUUUAAGGAGUAGACUUCCGAAUCAUCUGAUGCAUUAAAAGGUGCAUACUUUAGUGGUAAACUAAUGGGAGAGGAAACUGUAUUGUUCCACCCCUUAUUAUUUAUAGAUACCUGAGUCAGAGGCGAAAAAAAGGGAUGAAAGGUUUUUUUUUUACUUUCGUUGGAUAUAAUAUUUUUUUCUUGUAAGAUAAGAUUUUUACAAGAUUUCGCGUAGUGUUAACUGAGUGAAGAUGUCUGUGUAAUUUUGCAGUCGGCAGUCGAUGUGAACUGAAUCUUUUAUCCUAUUAAAAGCACAUUUUGUUGCUAUUGUUGUAGCACUAACAGGGAAUCCCUUUGAUUUAUUUUACACACCUUAUGAGCAGGUUGAAACAGUUACCAAAAUAAUUCCCCUACUGUGGAGAGUUAACGAGUAAUCCUGACUUUUAACUCUGACUUUUGGGUUCUAUGUUGAGGAGAGGCUUGCAGUUUUAAGGAAUUAGCGGGGCAGCUUCUCCUCCGAUUCCUGUGGAGACGGAAUUAGCCCUAACUACCAGCAAUUACCUGUUACCACCUUCUGUAUGGAACUGAGGAGAUUUAGAUCAGAUCAUCCUGUUGAACUAGCAAAGGGGGUUUGAUUUUGUGCUUCCCCAUGACUUUUUAUGAAGCUGUAGCCCUGUCCUGACAAAUUAUGGUGGGUGAUUCCCGACUCCCUGAUGUGUAAUAUGUGUGCAAGUUAUGCAUAAAUUAUUGCUAAAGUGAUUAACAAUGGGAAAGAUCCACUGAUGGCUUGCUCCUCCAUUGAUGGCUUAAUGCUCCUCAUUAAUUUGGAUAGUUCUAUGAUUUGAUUGGACACCUGAUGAAACCCACAUGUUCUUAAGACGGAGAAUUUCAUCCUGCAAGGUUUUUAUUUUGAAAAAAUGCACACAAAGGUGGAAACCUUUUUGUAUUAAGUGUUUAUAGCUGGAGAAUACUGGAGGCUUUUGUGGUUAUUUGGAAGGAUAUGUUAAACGUUAACCAUCAAGUAGUCCUAGCUUCCUGUCCACGCCACGAGAGUCGCUAAUGUGCGGAACAGUACGUACAUUUGAAUAUUAAGCCGACAGUGAAGGACCUUUCCCUCAACUUAUUCUAUUGCUCUUGGUGACAUGUCUUUGUGAAUUUUACUCUAUGGAUUUCAAUAUUAAGCUGACAGUGAAGGACCUUUUCCUAGGGUUAUAAUUCUAAUGCUCUUGGUGACAUGUUUCUGUGAAUUUUAUUCUGUGGACUUCUACAUCAGAAUGUCAAGAUAUGCCCGGCUGAUAGCACACUAUCCCUAUGUGAUCGUCGUCAGCAUCCUGUGCCUAGCCGUCCUGUGUCUGGUGUUGUGUCUGACUGUGGUGCAACUUCCAAACUUCCAGGAUCCCAAAGCAGGAUUUGAACCCAGAGGAACUGAAAUAGCAAACAAAAUCAUUGCUUAUAACAACUUGGUGCAGAACCUUGAUGGGAAGCUCUCCCUCAGUCCAGCGGGUCAGAAGUGGGGCUUCGAGGGGGAGACCAUCCAAUACAGCACAGAAAACCAGACCAAGGUACCACAAUUAGGGGAACAAUCGAUGGGACAGCCGGUCAAGCGUUCUAUUGAUGAAAGCAGUUCUCGUCACUUCCAAGAUUCUUUUUUCUGUGAAAUUCCAGGAAGCUACUUUCCACUCUUUGCAAGGAUUGUCUUUACCAGUGCUGAUGGCAGCAAUCUGUUUACGGCUUCCAAACUCCAACAGAUGUGCCGUAUUGAGGACAACCAUAUUCGUUCGCAUUCCACAUUCUCCAGUAACUGUCAGACUAAAAACAGCAAGCAGUGUUGCCUAAGCUGGUCUCUAGGCAACUAUGUUGCUCUGCUGUCUGGAAAGAGCAACUGUUCCUCCAUUACUGAGGAGGAUGUCAAAGCAGUGCAGGAUUUGUUGACAACUUGUGCUGGACAUUACUACAACAUGACAUUAACUCAAUGUCACACACGCCGAUCUCGCCAUUAUUGCUCAGGUGUUCCCGAAAAGUGUGUGAAAUUCCAGUCAGUGUACAACAUUCUUCACCACAUAGCGGAUGUGAACUUUGUACACCCCAACAAGGAUGGCCAAGUGCCAUUUCUGACAUAUGCUGUGACGUUUCUCCCUGUGGUGGGUGGCGUGGACUCUGUAGAACUUUUUGAACACAUCGAAUCGUGGCCCAGAGAUUUUGGUAGUGAUGUCCGCGUUUCUGGUGCUAAUUUUGGAAUCAAGGAUACAUUAUUCAACCAGCAAUUAAUUGCAGAUAGUAUAUGGCUACUGAUAUCUGGGGUUCUAAUAUUUUUGGUUGUAUGGGUAUAUAGUUUGUCAAUUUUUGUUACAAUAAUGACGUUUUUUAUGAUGUUUUGGUCGCUAGUAAUGGCGUAUUUUUUAUACACGAUGGUGUUUGCCAUACCCUUCUUUCCAUAUAUGAAUCUCGUUGCCAUUAUUAUAAUUCUUGCACUUGGUGCAGAUGACGUAUUUAUAUAUUGUAAGGUCUGGCAAAUGGCCAAAUCUGAACGAAAUAAUGGGACUCUCGAAAAAAUAGUGUUGGACACACUUCGUAAUGGGAGUGUAUCCAUGUUUGUGACAAGUCUAACUACUGCUGCCGCUCUGUACAGCAAUGCUUUUAGUUCCAUCACUUCCAUCCGAUGUUUCAGUAUCUACGCAGGAACUGCUGUUUUGUGUAACUUUUUUCUUGUUGUUACGUGGAUGCCGGCAUCCAUUGUUAUUUAUGAAAAAUGGUGCAACUGUGAAAAACUUUACGACCCCGAACUUUCUCAAAGGAAAAACGUGUGCUAUUAUGUGUGUAAAAUGCCACAGCAAACAUAUCACAAGGUGUCCGACUGGUGCAGGGUCCUCUUUGAUAAACUUCUUCCGUUUGUUAUCGUCCGUGCUCGUUACCUAUGGUUAGUACUAUUCGGUGUUCUAGGAAUUCUAGGAAUUGUUGUUAUAUUUUUCUAUCCAAAACUAAGACUUCCAUCAUCAGAGAAAUUCCAAGUGUUUUCAUCAGACCAUCUGAUGGAAAAAUACGACUUUGGUCUCAGCAAUCACUUUUGGUUUGAAAGACACCAACGAAAUCAAGAGAUAAUGCCCCUGCGGUUCGUGUGGGGAAUCCAAGCGGCCGACACUGGGUCCAGUCUGGACCCCAGUGAUAAGGGAGACAUUGUUAUGGACGAAAGUUUUGACCCCACUACUCCCGAAGCUCAAGUAUGGAUGCUCAAUUUCUGUCGGGAUUUACGCUUAACCCGUUUUUACAAACACAUUGGUGGCAUCGAACAGACGAACUGCUUUCAUGAAUUCUUUAGCAUGUUCAUGCAACAGCCAUGUUCCAACGAGUUCGGUAUUCGUAGACCAUGUUGUAAUUACAGUACGAGCGUGAUUAAGUCAGAGGACAUGACGCAGUGCGCCGCUGUGUACAUUCCAUCCCUGAUCAACUCGGGGACCGUUGUCUACAACUCCUACUCGCCGGGUCCCAGGUUUAUAGAGGGAAGAUUCAGUGCCUUGAUCGUGGAAUUCUACAGCAACUUUCACUUUACAACAUCUUUCCAGGAAAUGUCCAAUUUUUACGCUCAAGUCGAACAAUUUCUAAGCGAGAAACUAAAGUCUGCUCCCUCUGAAAUUCGAAAUGGAUGGUUUGUCAGCGAAUUAGAAUUUUACAGUCUUCAGAAGAGCCUCGGCGAGGAGACCCCCAUAGCUUUGGGGAUCUCGCUUAUCAUCGUGAUUGUCGUCACCUUUCUGACGACCCUCAACGUCUUAAUCAGUAUAUUCGCCAUUGUGAGCAUUGCUUUCGUUAUGUUCGUCACCAUCGCCGCUCUGACUCUGUUGGGAUGGGAACUCAACAUCCUGGAGUCUGUCGUGAUAACAGUAGCAGUGGGGCUUUCUAUAGAUUUUACUUUACACGUUGGGGUCUCAUUCAGAAACUCCCCUGAUCUCAGCAACGAAAUGCGCGUGGUCUCUACCACCAGCACCCUGGGUGGGGUUAUUACAAUGGCAGCUACAACAACAUUCCUAGCGGGCGCACUCAUGAUGCCGUCGACCGUGUUGGCUUACCAGAAGUUCGGAACUUUCUUGAUGAUAGUGAUUGCCACCAGUUUUGUGUAUGCUUUAUUCUUUUUCCAGUCUCUGCUGUGUGUGAUGGGACCUAAUGGCGGGUUUGGACAGUUCCACUGGCCCUGUCCUUCUGUCAACAUCUGCUCGCGGUCUGAGAAGAAGCACGUUGAUAAGACGGUGUAUCUGACCACCGAGUCCACUUCGAGUUAUUACCCAGCGUCAAGUAGCUUCAGCGAGCCGUCUCAAGACAUGGAAAUCCCUUCGAACACUCCAAAGCCGUCCCUUUUUCAGCACCGGAGAUCUCGCUCCCGAGGGCAUUACAUACAAGCGCGCACUCGUAGUGACAGUCCGGAGUCCGACCACACCGGGCGGAGAGAAGGACAAGUCAAGUUUUCAGAAGGCAACACAGUCACAAAAACUGUAGCUGAAGUUAAGGAUGACACAGAAACCUCGCGGACAGAUGAUUCUGUGUUUGAGGAACCAAAGACUCCAGAUUCGGGCAUUUGCGAUACAAAAGGUUCUAUGAAAAUGAUCCCGAUCGAAAUUCAUUUUAAAGAAAGUUUAACUUAGCACAUGUCAGAAGCGCAUGGUCGAGAAGCUAAGUUUUCAGACGAUAGAAUUUUAAACCUCUUGUUGAAUUGUGAUAUUUUGUUGGUUUUGACGACAACUACAUUCCUUUUUUACACUUGAUUAGUAUCUAAAAUUUUAUGUUUUCUUUGACAAUGCAUUUAUACCCAGAAAAAUACCAAUAACUCAUCUUUUCCGAAGAGUUAAAUGUUAGAAUAUAUCUUAGAAUUAUAGUUUUUUACGUAUAGUUUAGAGGAGUUUAUAGAUUGUUGUAGACAUAUUUUGUUUUUUGAAAUACUCUAUUAGGUUAAAGUGGCAAAGUGUUUGUACCAUUGGAUCUGUAUGAAAAUCGCAGUGUUUGUAAGAUUUUUAUACAAAUUAAUCCUCGGUUUAUAUGUUUUAGAAAGAACCACGAGUAUUAGAAGGUAGUUGACCUCAAGUUAAGACUCUUUGUUAUUUAUAAGUUCUAUAAUUGUCACAGAAAUAUGGAAGUAAUUUUUAUAUAUGAUAUUUUAGUUAAAUGUCGGUCGAGUAGAGAAAUAGUAUAUCGUUGACCCCAUGUAAACGGAAAUGUUUAAGGUAUUCACUACACCUAGACUUGUACUUUUUAAGACACUACGUCACAAGAUGGAGAUUUAAAUGUUUUGCUAAACUGAUUGUAUCACUCAAUUCAGAUGUAUAUGGUCAUAGCAUCAGGCUUGUGAACCGCAGAUCAUGAGUUCGAAACCGCCUGUGGCUUUUGUUCAUGUUUACUGAAUGAAAUUUUUUAAAAUAUCAUUUUUAUCCAAAAUUCCACAUUUUUUCGCCUAUUUGACAUAUAUACUUCUUAUCCAUCAUGCUUUCUAUCAUAAUCAAGUAAUUUUCUGCUGAUUUGAGAAACUAGUUGAAAGUGUAGUGAAGUACCUUAAAUAUGACAUAAUUAAAUCACUAUAUAAUCCAUUCUAUGAUAUGCGUAUCGGAACAUGUUUUGAUGUAAGUAAAUCAUAUUCUUAUACUAGUAUACAAAUAUUUUUGUUUACUUCCUGCAAGUUUUGUUUUUUGUUGCCCAAUCUUGCCGAUUGUAGAAGCUGAGAUCUUCAUCGUUAACCUUGCUUAGAAGUGGUUUUCACCACAGAAAUAAUCUGAUUCCAUUUAUAGUUUGUUUUUUUUUAUAUCGAAAGAUAAAAUAAACGUGCUACCUCAUGUA